CUAUUCUGCCGAGCGUUUGCCGAUGUCAUGGGCGAGUCGCAUACGGUGCUGCGUACUUGGAUGCUCGGCCUCUUACGAAAGCACCGAUGAUUCCGGAGAAAAAGUGCGCUUCUACGCAUUUCCCGCGAAGCAUUACGAUGCUGAACGUAAGAACAAGUGGAUCGACAACAUUAGACUAGCCAGAAACGACGUGAACGGAGUCUGGUCGCCCUCGAAGAACUCAAGGGUCUGCUCGAAGCACUUCGUUGGUAAUGUUAAGGGAGAAGAUCCGAGGGAACUGAACUACAUCCCCACCAUCUUCCCUGUCGUGAGCGCAAAGACCGCAGAGAAGUACAACAGGCGCCUCAAGACGAAGCAAAACUCAAUACCAAACCUGACUGAACAAUCGCAGCGAAAGCUUCCUGAAGCGAGCCGUCUGGGCGCUGGAGGAACGAAGAUUUCCUUACCGUCCGCCAAGGCAGUUACUAGAGAAGACGCCGCUGGAACUACAAUGGAAGGACAGGAAAUUGGUGGAAGCCUAGCCAAGGACACUUCUGGUUUGAACAAGAGGACUGUGCAUCUGGCUUCUGUGGUUGAAGGAGAUGGAUCUCUGGACAGCGGUGUUCAUGUCACACUGGACGACUUUCUUCGCGAAUGGUCGACAGAUCCGCACCCAAGAUACGUUGCCGCAAAGCGUGAAGAGAAUGGACCUGCCACUUCGGGCGACGGGAGCGGAGGCAACAGCUUUGAUUGCCCCAUCUGUGCAGACUCCUACUCAACCUCGCGUAGCCUUCGACGUCACCUGUCUCGUCGUUCAUUCCUGGCACGGCUGCCGUGCCGCAAAUGUAGUUCCUGCCAUCUGGCAUUCAACCGCUGCACUCUCAUAAUGCGAGCACAGGGUUGUCGUAUUGCUGCCUCUAAUGCCACCCUGUCAGCACUGCCACCUAAAGAAACAUUGGUUCCCGUGGAACUUCCCGAUGAGUCUGAAAACACAAGCUCUCAGCCUGAUGUGCCAAUGACUGUCCUUGAAAAGGUCCUUCAGAGCGUGAUCUGCUCCGAAUGCUAUACGAACCUUGAGGACGAGUCCUCCCGAGAGGCCCACUUUCACCCGUCACGAGGCAACCUCAUCCGCUGCGCAAGCUGCCCAAUGCUGUGCACUUCAGAGUGUGCUCUGCGUGCACACCGAAGGCUACAUAACCAGCGACGCCCCUUCGUCUGUCCCGAGUGCGGCCUGCGUUGCGAGGGUGAAUGGAACAUGUUCCACCGGCAUGUGACCAAUCAUUGCCAUCAUUAUGAGCGAAUUGUGGGCUACCACUGCCAGCUGUGCCCUGCCCUGCUGCUUGAUCAAGCUGAACUUGCCAGCCACAUAGUGGACACGCACAGCAGUGCCUUGCACAAGUGCCAGAUGUGUCCGAUGGCCUUCAUAAAUUUAGAGGGAUUCCACACGCACCGGCUGACAAUGCACCCCAAGAUGCGCAGCCAGUGCUGGGUGAUCCUCAAGUGCCCCCUAUGCGAAGCCGUCUUUGCAUCGGCCGAGCAGCUUACCAACCACACGAUAAGCCACCUGGACAAAUGCGGACGGUCCUUGUUCAAGUGCGGCACAUGCGACUCCCUUCACCCCACGCGUGCGGACCUGGUGGCUCAUGUGCGCAAGCUGCACCCCGCCAUGCACCAAGAAUCGCUCUGGGGCAGGGAAGAGGACCCGACCAUGGCCUUCAUCUCGGGACAGAGCAAGAGUACAAAGGCAAAAGCGCCCACUGAAAUCAUCAACCUGGAUGAUGAUGAAAUGGCCAGCUCUAAAGACAAGGCAAUGGACACUUCUGCACCAUUAUCGCAAAAGCCGAAGAAAAGGAGUAUUACAGGGAAGCCAUCACCUGCCCCAAGUGCUACCUCUGACCAAGCAAAGAAAAACAAGCAAGAUACUCCUAAGAAAGCUAAUCAGCAGUCUACCGAUGAUAGCGAGCAGACGACUGUCGAGCAGGAAGAGAAGCCGCCAAACAACACCAAGGCGUGUGCGAAGUGCGACUUCCAAAGCAGUGACUUGUCCGCUUUCCGCGAGCACAUCAAAGUGCACCGGCCGCCAAAUCAAGAAACAUUCCAGUGCCACGAGUGUGGUCUGUGUUAUGUGGUGGAGCCCUCGUUGAGGAAGCACCUUCGAGGAGUGCACGGGGUGGAGGAGAAGAAGGCCGCCGACAGGCUCGCGGAAGCAGACCCCAACGGUGCUGCUGUCAGUGGGCUUCGCUGCUCCGUGUGUUUGGCAACAUUCGACACUGAACGAGAACUCAAAAGCCACACGCGUAGCCACGGCAUGGCAUUCCUGAAGAAAGUGAAGGCUAAAGACGGCACUGUUUGAUCUGCAGUGUGUGAGUGUAUGUGUGUGUGCGUGCUUUUCAUUGAAUGAGUGAAUAAAUUGAUAUAAGUGUGUUUUUACAUUUA